AUGGCCAGCUUUCCAGUCAUAAACGGAGUAACGACCUUUCUCGCGCCACCAGAAGGCUAUGAGGUGGACUUUGUCAAUCCCCAAAGCCGCCAUGUGCUCGACCAAUACCUGAUAUUCGCCCUCUUAGGACCUUUUGCGUUCUUUUGUCUGGUCCAAAGAAUCUACACGAAGCAUUUCAUUGUUGGCGGGUCCAAAAUUGACGACUGGUCAAUAUCAAAUGGAGGUCUAUGUCACCACGUCUGGGAGAUGCCCAUCGAGGUCUUUGAAAAACACAUGCUGAGCUCCUAUAUCGCUGCGCCGUUAUUCAUCAUCUGCAAUGGACUCAGUAAGAUGUCCCUUCUGAGCUUCUACCUACGAAUAUCAUCCCAGCCGGCAUUUCGAAGAGCCAUCUGGGCCGCAAUAGCGAUGGUAAUUUGCUACACGGUUGUGAUUGCGUGUCUGCUCCUUUUCGGUUGCAGGCCGAUACGUGCCAACUGGGACCCCAAGUUGUUAAUAGCCGGAACUUCGGACAAAUGUGUUGAUUCGGCAUCCAUAUACAUCGCCAUUGCCGUUGCAAACAUCGUCUCCGACGUGGUUCUCUUCAUCAUCCCAAUCCCGACUGUUGUUCGGCUGAAAAUGCCUCUGGCCCAGAAACUUGGUGCAGUGCUUAUUUUCGCCGUUGGUUCUUUGACCGUUGCCACCUCAAUUAUUCGAAUGGCUUAUUUACCAUCUCUCCUGAGUACCUCUGAUAUACCAUGGGUCGCCGCCCCUGCCAACGUCUGGGUUUUCGCCGAGGCCAACCUAUUUAUCGUAUGUGUCUCUAUGACCACAUUCAGAAAAUUCUUCCAGCGAUUUGCACCAAAGUGGCUCGGACUCGGCAGUAUGAUCGAUGAUGCAUCCAAUCCAUCAAAGUCCACGACCUACAACAAGUCAGCAAGUCGAAUUUCCCGACAGAAUCGCACAGGAUACUCGCAAUUUGACUCUGUUGAAAUCGAAAACAAGCCUAGCAAAGACGACCAUCCGAUUGAACUACGACUCAUGCCUGUAGGCGGUGUGGUUGAGGGAACAACAACAACCGUGGUUGGAUCUGAAGUUGAAGAGGCCGGGACUCUUCCCCGAGACGAUUCCAGUGACCAGGAAAUAUUAAACAACAACGCGAAUCAAGGGGAGAUCAUGUACACGAAGACCUUCGAGAUUCGGUACAGCAAAUAG